UUAUUCAGACUCACGGAUCGAAGGGACGAAAUACUUUGCAUCAUGAGACAAAUCGCUCGGGAUCUUGCAGUUUUUGUCUUCCUCGGAGCGAUAUCUUGCACUCUCGCUCGGCCGGUCCGCGAUGCCAAAUCUUCCAAUUUACGGGCUCAGGAUGACUUCGACUUUCGAACGAUACUUCGAGACUUAUUGGUGGAUGGAAAUUCUCCGGUGGAAAGUGUCAAUGGGAAAAAGCUCAUGAAGAAUGCCUCGGGAAAAUCGGACGAGGGUGGAUACUACAAAACGUACGGGAGCGACGCGGAGGGCGAAAAAGGCUUCGUGAAACAAACGUACAGCAAUGGCGACCACGGAUACAAAAGCCUUGACACCUUUCACAAGAAAGCCGGAGACAAUUACGGAUUCGAAAAGCAUACGGCCUUCGGAAAAGCAAAGGGUGCUGACAAGGGUGGCGAACAAGCCGAGAGUGGGGCUUACGCGUCCAAGGUUAAGGGGGACGGAGACCACGAGCAAGCGGGCACUGUAGUGGACACGUAUUACACCGAGGAUGACGGCGACAACGCUGGAUACAGCGAGGCUGAAGAGGCGGGUGGAGGUGACGCUAGUGGCGAAUCCGCUUCGUACACGGACGGAGGUGACAGCGAAAAUUACACGGCGGAUGGCGAUGGAGAUGCCGCACACUACACCGAGGGUGACUCGGAUUCCGGAAAUUAUGGAAAUUCCGAUGGUUAUAACGAGCAUUAUUCGAGUGGUGGCGGCGACGAAGGAUCUUACGGGUCUCAUAGCUCGUACGCCUCUGACGGGGAGGCCGGCUAUGACGGUGGGGAAUAUUACUAGCGUUGUUAAGUCCACUAGAGGAAUUGAAAGAACAAUGAAAAAUGUGCAGAUACGGGA